CAGCUCCACGGUUCCAUUCCCAAUUCAACAUCAACUCCUCCUUUCCCCUCCUUUCUCAGCAAACCAGCCUCAUCCUCUCAUACCACUCACAGUUCCACAUCAAGAACAAAUAAGAAGAGGAAAAGAACUAGAAGAGGGGACCAAGGAUCUGAUCACCAUGGCGUCCUACGACAAGGCCUUCGAGUCCUACAAGAAGGCCCUCACCACCGCAGCGUCCGUCGCGGCAUCUCUGAUGCUGGUGCGCAGCGUGGUGAACGAGGUGGUGCCGUACGAGGUGCGCGAGAUGCUCUUCUCCAGCUUCGGCUACCUGCGCUCGCACAUGUCAUCGCAGCACACCAUCAUCGUUGAGAAGAAGAACGAUGGAUUCACCAACAACCACAUCUACAACGCCGUGAGGAUGUACCUCGCUACACGCAUCAACACCGACCUGCAGCAGCGUCUGCGGGUCAGCAGCAUGGACGAAAAUGACAAGAUGAUGAUCAGCAUGGCGGAGGGAGAGGAGAUGCUGGAUGUUUAUGAAGGAACAGAAUUCAAAUGGUGCCUCAUCUGUCAAGACAACUCAAGUGACUCCAGCAAUGGCAAUGGCAGUCCAAACGAGGUCUCCUUCGAGGUUAGCUUCCACAAGAAUCACAAGGAAAAAGCCCUCAAAUCAUACUUCCCAUUCAUUUUGGCCACAGCCAAGGACAUUAAAGCUCAGGAGAGAACUCUCAGGAUAUACAUGACUGAAUACUCAAGCGAGUGGUCCCCAAUUGACCUCCACCACCCAUCUACAUUUGACACACUUGCCAUGGACCAGAAGCUGAAGCAGUCCAUCAUCGAUGACCUUAACAGGUUCAUCAAGAGAAAGGAUUACUAUAAGAAGAUCGGCAGGGCAUGGAAGCGGGGGUACCUGCUGUAUGGUCCACCUGGGACCGGCAAGUCCAGCCUGAUUGCAGCCAUGGCCAACCAUCUCAGGUUUGACAUAUAUGAUCUCGAGCUAACUGGGGUCAAUUCCAACUCAGACCUUAGAAGGCUUCUUGUUGGCAUGAGCAACCGAUCCAUUCUAGUUGUUGAAGAUAUUGACUGCACCAUCGAUCUGAAACAAAGGGAGGAAGGUGAGGGGCAUGACAAGUCGAAUUCUACAGAAGAAAACAAGGGAGACGACAAGGUAACGCUGUCUGGCCUGCUCAACUUUGUUGAUGGGCUGUGGUCAACAAGCGGGGAAGAAAGGAUCAUUGUCUUCACAACCAAUUACAAGGAGCGGCUCGACCCAGCACUAUUGCGGCCUGGAAGGAUGGACAUGCACAUCCACAUGGGGUAUUGCACCCAAGAGUCUUUCCGAAUCCUUGCCAACAACUAUCACUCCAUCGACUACCAUGACACAUAUCCAGAGAUUGAGAAACUGAUCAAGGAGGUGACAGUGACACCAGCAGAGGUUGCUGAGGUUCUGAUGAGGAAUGAUGACACUGAUUCUGCGCUCCAUGAUCUUGUCGAUUAUCUGAAGUCAAAAAUGAUAGAAACCAAUGAGAUCAAGACUGAACACAAGGAAGCAAAUAAACAACUGAAUGAGAAGGAAGACAACAGAGAUAGUGACCAAAAAUAGAACCCCAGUGCAAUUCCCUCCAAAAUGUGGAAAAAACUGGAAUUCUGGAAAUGAAGAGAAAGCAUUUUGCCGUCUGUGUGGAAGCUAACAACUAUCAAAAGGUGUGAGUAUCAUAUAGCAUAGAUAGAUCCUACAGGAGACCUAUUGGGGUUUGCAUAUUGUAGAUCAAUCAGGUGCAUUGGUACUAGCAGUGUGUCUGCAGAGUUCUGUUAGUACUGCCACAAUAGCAUGUAUAUAGAAUUACAGAUAUGCAGAAUCCAUAUGGCUUCUUAUAUGAAACUACAAACAUGGCAUUGCCUUGUAAAUGCCAAUGUUGGAAAGUGAAUACCAGUACUAUAUUGUUAUUCAACUACAGUCAUUUCCCAUGGAGGUCAUGCAUUUCACACAAUUUAUCCUUGCGACAUCAGAGAUUGGGGAGCGGAUUAAAGAGGGGACGGUGACAUCUGCAGAGGUUGCUGAAGUUCUAGUGAGGAAGAUGCAACAUGAUCUUGUUGGUCUUCAGAAGUCGAAGAUGAAACAUGCUAAUCGAAUCAAAACUAGCCACAAGGUUGCAAAUAACCAGCUGGAUGAGAAGAGAGAUGACAGAGACACUGAUGAAAAUGAAAUCCCAAGCAGUUACCCUCAAAAUAAAAGGAAAGAAAUAAAAUACAGGAAUUUGAAAGCUGCUAGUAGAUUAUGUAGAAAGUAACAAUAGUUCCAUUGACAAAUGUUUGAUUGUCUGAGAUUAGAAACUUGUGCUUUUGGAGUGAUUAAGGGCGCUGAUACUUUAACAUUGUGCAUCCAGAUAAAUUUGUAAGUACUGUAUCAACAAAGAGUGUAGGACUCUGCAAUAUCAAUAUGGCAUUAUAUUUA